CCUACAACUAACCCCCCUUCCAUUCUUCUACUCCUUUAAAUACUUCCCCAUCCUCACCACGUUUCCUCCUCCUCUCACAUUUCAAUCUUAUUACUCUGAAAAUUUCGGUCAACUCAAAAAAGAAGAAGAAAACCACUUGAAUCCACACCAUGGGCGAGAAGAAGAACGGUGGCGAUAAGAAGAACGGCGAUGGAGGUGAGAAGAAGAAGGACGAUAGCCCCAUUACUGUGGUCUUGAAGGUCGACAUGCAUUGCGAAGGUUGCGCAUCCAAAAUCGUCAAGACCGUUAAGGCUUUCGAUGGGGUCGAAGCGGCGAAAACAGAGUUUGCGACGAACAAGCUGACGGUGAUCGGGAAAGUUGACCCGUCGAAACUCCGGGAGCUGCUUGCCGAGAAGGCUAAGAAAAAAGUCGACCUGAUUUCUCCCCAGCCCAACAAAAAGGACGACAACAAGGCCAAAGACGACAACAAGAAGAAACCAGACGAACCCAAGAAGAAGCCGGACCACAAGAAACCCAAAGAGAAAGAGCCUGCGGUGACAACGGCGGUACUCAAGCUGAGACUACACUGCCAGGGUUGCAUUUCGAAGAUUCACAAAACGGUAACGAGGACCAAAGGGUAUAACGACAUGUCCAUAGACAAGCAGAAGGAGCUGGUGACUGUUAUUGGUUCAAUGGACAUGCAAACUCUGGCCGAGACCUUGCAGGAUAAGCUCAAGCGAACCGUUGAGAUUGUCCCCCCAAAGAAAGAGAAAGAUGCCGGAGAAAAAGAGUCUGGUAAAGGUGAUAACGGCAGCGGUGGAAAAAAGAAGGGAGGCGGUGGCGGAGCAGGCGACGCGGGUCAAAAGGUGGAGGCUGACGGUGGAAUGGUAACGAUAGAUGAGAUUAGUAGGCUGAGUCAAUAUAUGGGUCAGCCCACGUUUGGGUACGGUUACGGGUACGGGCAUGGAUACGGGUUCGGAUAUGGCUACCCGCCGGGUUACAUUGGAGAAAAUGCCCAUGCGCCUCAAAUGUUCAGCGACGAGAACCCAAAUGCUUGCUCUGUUAUGUGACUCACAAACAUGGAAAAUUUGUAAAUAAGGGCAUAGAGAGAGAAUGAUCAAGUAGAGAUGGAAAUUUUGGUUGGGUUAUGCACUUUUUCUUUUCUUUUUAAUAUCUCUAGCUACUCUUAUCUAAGGUUUGUUUGUUUUUUUUUUUUUUUUUUAAAAAUUUUUUGAAUUAAUUCCCAAUAUCUAGUUGGUUUCACACUUCAAUUUUAAAAUAUGUUUUUGGUUUAGUUAA